AUGCCCGCUUCACCGAUGUUGCUGCUUCUUUCCCGAGGCGAGCACUCCUCAUCACCUGAGGAGGACUCUUCCUCAACGGCGGGGACAACAGGCAGUCUUGUUCCUACGGAUUCAUUCGCAAACGACUUGUUCCGUGAUAAGUUCAUGGGCAUCGCCAAAGGAGGAUCAAAUGGCGAAAAGAUUAUGCGCGGCUUUCUUAUCGGCCUAGCUAUCGGUCUCAUUGAGGUUGGAGGUGCUCAUGAAUCCCCGCUUGACUGGCGCUCCGUGAACGGAGGACGAUCUUCGAUUUACGCACAAACAGCAAUGAUUCGGCGCAAGGCACAGGCAACGACGCAACUGGCCUUUGAAACUUGGAAAAGGAAUGAAGCUGUGCCAGACAUGGAAGACUUGGCGACCGCCACGUUUUCUGCGGCCAACCAGCCUGCUUCACCUUUUUUAAACCUUCAAACAUCCCAUCAGCUGCGAGACAUAGUCGGCAACAUGCUCGACGAAAAUCUUCCGACAUAUCGAUUCAAGCCCUCAUCCGAGAACCCCCUCAAUACCCUUCUCUACUUCACACAGAACGGAUCCGACCCCGCGCCCGAGUAUCUCCUCAAGCGGCCCUCUCCGAGCGAUGCCUCCGGACAAUACGCCAUCGGCCUGCUCGACUCCCUAAACUCUUCGGUGCUCUACGGCGAAGUCCUUCUGAAGCCUGACUGGGUCCAACCCACACUGUCAGCCGCAGAAGUCCGCGCCCAGAACGGGAACCCGCCGCCCCAGACUCCCGUCACCCCCGAUAACUUUUCCAUCUCGCUCUACAAUCCCGACCAGGCUGUCCCGGUCAAGCAGAAUCAAGGAAGUUGGGGAAAGUCAAACCAAUGGGAGUUUGAGCUUCCUGAGAGGUCAUUCAAGCUACCCAGUUCCAGCCAGAUUGACCAGGAUGCAGACCGGACGACCAUUUCGGAGCUGGUCCCCAAGAUUGUCUUUCGCUGGAAGCGCGAUGGUCGCUUGAGCAAGGAUAUGACAUGUUAUAUGACUGGAAAGAGUGUGGGUGGAAAGAAGAGCAAGGAACCCGAUAUCACUGUUGCUUUCUUCCGGGCAAAGCACGACUCGACCUUGACUCUCUACGAGCCUAACAUGGCGCGUGUUGAGAUUGAGGAUCGUAGGGGCCUUGAGAUUGCCCUCCUCAUGAGCGCUGAGACCAUCCGAGAUCUCUACCUUAACCCGCGCCAUGAUCCAUUCAACUUGUCCACUUCGUCUGGCGGCCGACGUCGCCAGGAUUCCCGACCUCCAGCUGGCCCAACCAUGUCCGGUGCUAUUGGCAACAACCGUCCGUCAUCGCCGCCCAAAGCGCAGGCGCCCAACAACGAUGCCCAACGUAAAGCCGAGAUUGACGCUGAAACCCAGAGACUGAAGGCCAUGGUGGCCGAGGAAGAGAGACAGACUCGGGAGCGUGAGCAGCAAGAGGAGAACGAACGCAAGAGGAUCCAAAAGAUGCUCGAGGAUGAAGACAAGGAACGCCGGAGGAGAGAGGCCGAGAUCGACAAGGAGACUGAGCGCUUGCGUCGUGAGUACGGCAUGGACGGUCAGGACUUUGCAAACCAGACGAGCCCGACCAAUACGUCACCACGAUUGCCUCCACGACCUCAGUUUGCCUCUGGAGCUCUGAAUGUUUCGCCUGGUCUGCCUCCAAGACCCAAUAGCGUUGGACCUACUCCCAACAGCCCACCUCAGGCAAACUACUUUGCGCCGCCGCCGCAACACGCCCAGCCAGGUCCUAGCGGAGAUGGCAGGAAGCGUCAAGGUCUUGGAGGUCUCUUGUCAGGAGCGGCACCCUACGCUGGCCCUGCGGCGGCGAGUGUCAGCGGCUUCUUUGGCGGCCGGAAGGAGGAGGACAAGAAGAAGAAGAUCAAGAAGAAGCGAAGUGUGCACUUUUAAACCGUCUGGUAGCAAGGAGUAGAUCUUGCGUGUACUUGUGUGCUGUUGGCGUUUUGGAUGGGUAUUACAUAUAUGUAUAUAGGCAUUGGGAGGAUAUACCAUAUGGAUAGGAUAUAAGCAUUGACUUUGAAUCAACGACAUUAUGAC